ACCCGGCUGAUGUGAAAUGAUGACUUGGCUCAGCGCGUUACAGGUGGCUGAAGACAGCUGCGCGCGUCUGUGAGCCGGAGCAGCGAGGCAGACGAACCUCAGACAGGCAGAGCGCGCAGGCGGAGCCGCGGCACUUUGCGCUGUCCGGGAACGGCACGUCACUUCAAUCACGGGACAAUGAAGCAACAAGAGGGCAAACGAGUCCAAGUAACGGAAGUGGAAAAGCGCGUGCGAUGACGGAGAUCGUGAGGGACAGAGAAGAGGUAAUCAGGGCUCCCGGUUUUGGAGAAGAAAACCAACACAGAACAGAUGUGUGAAGUUUUGUAAACAAACUCGGGGAGCUGAAUUUUAUUUUUUCACAAAAGAAAAAACAACACUUUUUAGGGACUGAAAGAGGAGGAAAGCAUGGAGCCAGAGGGGACCACAGAGGAACAAGCCACUAAUGUGGCGCAAUCUGCCGCCUCUAAACUGUCCCAGAUGGGCGAAAGAACUAAACAACUGGGAAGCGCAAUUCAAGACCCAGAAAAACAGAAACGGAUCAUCCUCGUGAUUGUCUGCAUAGCACUUUUAUUAGACAACAUGCUUUAUAUGGUGAUUGUGCCAAUUAUACCCGAUUACCUCGAAGGGUUACAGAAGGCAGCGGAUCAAUCCCAAGCUGCUGCUACGCACACUAACUCCUCCAAUAGCACCGUCCGAGAAGCACCCAAAGGGAAUUUCGACCUCCAGAUCGGGGUUCUGUUCGCCUCCAAGGCCAUCCUUCAGCUCCUGGUCAACCCGCUGAGUGGCACGUUCAUAGACAGAGUAGGCUAUGACAUCCCACUCUUCAUCGGACUCACCAUCAUGUUCCUCUCCACCCUCACGUUUGCCUUCGCUGAUAAUUACGCAACGCUGUUCCUUGCGCGCAGCAUACAGGGCCUCGGCUCUGCUUUCGCGGACACCUCAGGGAUCGCUCUGAUCGCGGACAAGUUCACGGAGGAGUCCGAGCGCAGCAAAGCGCUGGGCAUCGCCUUGGCUUUCAUCUCUUUCGGGAGCCUCGUCGCGCCCCCGUUUGGAGGAGUCCUGUAUGAGUUUGCGGGGAAGCGCGUGCCCUUCUUCAUCCUGGCCUGCAUCUGUCUCACCGACGGCGUGCUGUGCCUGAUUGUGCUGAAGCCCUUCUCCAACCGUGAGAGAGAAAACAUGCCAGUGGGCACCCCCAUCUAUAAACUCAUGAUUGAUCCGUAUAUAGCUGUGGUGGCCGGAGCUCUGAUCAUCUGCAACAUCCCUCUUGCAUUCCUUGAACCCACCAUCGCUAACUGGAUGGAGGACACCAUGCAGGCCAGCGAGUGGGAGAUUGGCAUGACAUGGUUCCCUGCCUUCUUCCCUCACGUGCUAGGUGUGUAUCUGACUGUAAAACUAGCAGCCAAGUACCCCCAUCUGCAGUGGUUCUACGGGGCAAUAGGGAUGGUGUUCAUAGGGGCCAGCUCCUGCACGGUGCCAGCCUGUAAAAACUUUGGGCAGCUCAUGAUUCCGCUGUGUGGCAUCUGCUUUGGUAUCGCCUUCGUGGACACGGCGCUUCUGCCGACUUUAGGUUUCCUUGUGGAUGUGCGGCACGUGUCGGUGUAUGGUAGCGUGUACGCCAUUGCCGACAUCUCCUACUGCGUAGCUUACGCCCUGGGGCCCGUGGUGGCUGGACAGAUCGUGCACGACCUGGGAUUUGUCCAGCUCAACUUGGGCAUGGGGCUCGCAAACGUGCUUUACGCACCGGCGCUCCUUCUGCUGAAGAACGUCACCAAGAUGAAGCCGUCUUUCUCCGAGCGCAAUAUGCUCCUGGAGGACGGCCCCACGGGGCUGUACGACACUAUUAAGAUGGAGCAACGAGACAAGAAGAGAAGGGGGCUGUGCACAACAAUCGAAGAGAAUGGCAUUGAGACUUUUGCGCAGCGCUCGCACUCGGAGGAUGAGUCCUCAGGCGGAGAGUACGCUUAAAAGACUUUUACCUGAGCAUCAAAGUGCCAAUGUAGACUUGUGUGUGUUCAUUUAAAUUCAAUCCACUGUGGACAAAAUAGGAUUGAAUGAGAAUGUUGGUUAUUUUCAGCAUUUUAAAGUCAUUCUGUUAAAUCAAAGCCGCGUUUUCAUUUUAAAGUGUUGAGAUGUGCUGAAAUAAAUGUCCCAUUCAAAGUAUUUAUCACUGAAGCCGGCUCGUGACGUAAAAAGGGGCGAUUGUAAUAUAUGUCUUCUGAUGUCAUUCGUGUUUAUUUUUGAUGGUCAAUUAAAAAUGCAAAACUGUGCCACGUGACAGUUUAGAAUGAAGGGAAUUAACUCUGCAUCUUGUUGAUUCUUCAUUUAGUUGAUUCAUUAUUGAAUGGUGUGCUUCUGGAAUGCAAAGCCUAAAACGAUCUGCGACUGUAUAAAACAUGUAUAUUCAUGUAUAUAAUUAAAUCAACAUUAUGUGAGCCA